UUGCUGCAGCUCUCUCUCUCCGCUGGGUCUUUCCUAAUUUCUACUGCUCUUUUAACGACACACAUGGCACAGCAACCGGAUCGCUGCUCUUGUCUGCUGCCCUCCAAUGGACGACGACACGCAUUGCACUUGCGACCGCCCAUAAGCGACCCACGCACUUGCUUUCUUCCUCUCACCUUUCGCUGCUCGUCCCUCCACCGCCGGCGAUGCCAAUUCCAGUCGCAUCCAGCAGCCGGAGGGCGCUCCACGUCCCUUUCUUUCCCUUCUCUCCGGCUGAGUCCCCUUCCGGCUCGCCGGCCAACUCAAUUCCCACCACCCCUUUCUUCCCCUCCUACUCCUCCCCUCCGCCGCCUCCUCCUCCUCCACUGGAAGUGGGUUGGUCGUCGCAGCCGACAUUCCCCGCCAACAUCUCCUCCCUCACCUUCCCUAGCUCACGCUCCGCGCCUCGUUCUCGACAUAGCUCCGGCGCCGUUGCAAUCGCCGUAGUUCUCCCACUCCUCGCUCUCGGCGUGCUCGCCGCUGUUGCUGUUGCGUUCUUCGUACGCCGGCACAGGCGGCGGUUCCCUGGAGGCGGAUACUCGGAUAAGGACGAGACUCGCUCCGUCUCGGAUCGUUUGUUCCCCGCGGAUUUCGCCGCUUCCGAUGACGGCGCUCCAAAGUCAUCCGCCGCGGCGUCCUCCGAUUUGUUGUACCUUGGCACCUUUGUCGACACCGUUCCUGUCGGUUCGGUCCGAGAUGGCGGCCGCCCGACGGCAGAUCCGGUGGGCGGAUCACCCAACGGGAAUCCAGCGUCGCCGGAGCUUCGGCCACUCCCUCCUCUGCUGCGCCAGUUUCGCCAUAUGUAUGAGAACGGGACGGUUGGGAGCUCGUCCGAGGAGGAGUUCUAUUCGCCGAAGAUGUCUUCGGCAGGGAAGGAGAGCUCCGGGAGGGCGGUCGGUGGGCAGAUGUCGAGCUCCCGGCAGACCUUUCCUUCGAUGGUGGAGAAAUCUGAGUCACAGGGACUGACGAUGAGCACUCCAUCUUAUCCUUCGUCGAACUUGCCCUCGUCUCCUCAGUCGUCACCUGCAGCUUCAGUGUCGCGAGUUGGAUCAAGCCCUGGUCAUCAAAAUGGUGGAUCCUCGAAAUCCAGAUCUGAAAGGAGUGUGGACGAAAGUAUCGAAUUCGAAGCUCCACCACCGCCUCCACCGCCGCCUCUUUUAGGACCUCUAACACCAUCUCCUCCAAAACGGAACCCGCCUUCGCCUUCACCACCUUCUUCCCCAGUGGAGAAACAAUAUGAAACGAAGGUGGAAAUUCGUGAUAUGCCAGCACCAAAUGUACUGUCUCCGACGAGAAAUCAAGCCCUCUCUCAUAAUCCAUUUAUUGUAAUUACUCCCCCUGGACCGCGACAGAGACAAGCGCCGCCGCCACCUCCACCACCACCGCCGGUUGGGUACUGGGACAGUCAGGUCCGGAAGCCACAAGAAACACAUCAUCCGGUCCUUGCGAAGUCGAAGCCAGCUGAGGUAAUGAUCUCCUCAGCCAUGGCUUACCCCACAGAUCCAAGAGGGGAGUCGGAGGCCAUGGAGAAGAACCAGGAAACCUCUCGCCCAAAGUUGAAACCUUUGCACUGGGAUAAGGUGCAGGCGAGCUCGAAUCGAGCAAUGGUGUGGGAUCAGUUGAAAUCCAGCUCCUUCCAGGUAAACGAGGAAAUGAUCGAGACUUUGUUUGUUUCUAAAGCAACAGAUCCUGCACCAAGAGAGACCAACUGGCGGCAGGUUCUUCCUCCUCCAAAUCAAGAGAACAAGUUGCUCGAUCCAAGGAAAUCUCAGAACAUUGCAAUUCUACUGAGGGCAUUGAAUGUGACGACGGAGGAAGUUUGUGAUGCCCUUCUCGAAGGUAAUGCUGAUAGCUUAGGAGUUGAACUGCUGGAGACCUUGCUAAAGAUGGCUCCUAGCAAAGACGAAGAGCAUAAAUUGAAAGAACACAAAGAUGAUACCCCAACCAAACUUGGUUCACCAGAGAAGUUCCUUAAAGCUGUGCUUGAUAUACCAUUCGCAUUUAAAAGAAUUGAUGCGAUGUUCUAUAUAGCUAACUUUGAUUCAGAGGUUAAUUUUCUAAAGAAGUCCUUUGAGACUCUCGAGGCUGCCUGUGAUGAACUGAGGAACAGUAGAUUGUUUCUGAAGCUCCUGGAUGCUGUACUAAAGACUGGGAACCGAAUGAACGUUGGCACAAAUCGUGGUGAUGCACAUGCCUUCAAGCUUGACACACUGCUCAAGCUAGUCGACGUCAAGGGCACAGAUGGCAAGACCACACUUCUACACUUUGUUGUCCGAGAGAUCAUCAGAUCAGAAGGAACUAGGCUUUCUAUCGCCAACAACGGGCCUGCCAAAGCACAGCCAAACACUCUCCGAGAUGACCUGGAGUGCAGAAAGCUUGGACUAAAGGCUGUUUCUGCUUUAGGGGGUGAACUCAGCAAUGUAAAGAAGGCAGCUGCCAUGGACUCAGAUAUACUCAGCAGCUAUGUUUCAAAACUAGCAGGAGGAAUUGGGAAGAUCAAUGAGGUAUCAAAAUUGAAUGGAGACAACCAGAGAUUUCACGAGGCUAUGAAUCGGUUUCUGAAGAAAGCAGACGAUGAUAUCAUAAGGGUGCAAGCUCAGGAGAGUGUGGCAUUGUCUCUAGUGAAGGAAAUAACAGAGUACUUCCAUGGAAACUCAACCCGAGAAGAGGCUCAUCCUUUUAGGAUCUUCAUGGUUGUCAGGGAUUUUGUAGCCAUCCUUGAAAGGGUAUGCAAGGAGGUUGGGAUGACCAACGAACGCACAAUUGUCAGCUCAGCACGCCAGUUUCCGGUGCCGGUGAACCCAACUCUUCCACCUCUAUUCCCCCGGUUUCAUGCAUUGAGACCUGAAGGCUCAGACGAGGAGAGUUCAUUGUCAUCAUAAUGAAGUAUGUUCAGAUGGUGUUCUUUUAAAUAUUAUUUUGUAAAAUUCUGAUUCAAUAUGGAUUCUUUUAGAUUUUAUUUUGCUCUUUGUAACAAAUACAGAAAUGAGAGCAAAAGGAAAAUAAGUGAUUUUAACAUAGUUUACAUCUAAA